AUGUCCGCAGUCGAGCGCAUCCCGUGCGAGGUGCUCGUGGGCGAGGUGACGAGCUCGACCAAGCUGGCGAUGGCCGAGCUGGAAGCGGCUCCGCUGGCGACGGCAGCCUGGGGCGCCCUGCGUGGGGUGGAUGACGUGGAGCGCAUGACCGAAGCUGGCCUGGUGCCUGCCGACACCGUCCAUGCGUUGUGGGAGCAAAAGUCGCGGAUGGACGCCGUCUUUGACGCUGGCAAGGCCAAGGCGUACUACACUGUCCGCGCCGCUCUCCUCGGCGAGCCGGCGCCGGCACGGUUCUGGAACAGGGCAGGGACCAAGCUCGACGAGGUCCUCGCCGCGACGGGCCUCCUUGCUCCGGGCUCCGUCGAUCGCUUCGAAAACUUGUUCUUUAUUGAUCUGUGCGGCGGGCCGGGCUCGUUUGCCCAGGUCCUCUUCAAUCACAUGCCAGCCGCAGACGGUGCAGGCAUCACCCUCGAGAGCCCGGGCGUCGAGCCGCACUCGCGGUGGUACUCGAAGCUGGCCUCAUGCGACCAGUUCACCCCUGUCCGCGGCCCGCAUCCCACUUCCACUGGCGACAUCCUUGUCGAGGACAACAUCAACGAACUCGCAAAGGUCGCCGCCGCCAACGGCUUGGCCAACAUUGUCGUCGCCGACGGCCUACUCAAGGCCCCGUCGGGCACCCAGCACAAGGAGAACUUGGAAGAGCUCUUCUGUGCCCGGAUCAUCGUCGCACAGCUUGUCGCCAUGUUCCGCACUCUCCGUCCCGGAGGCGCCUUUGUGCUGCGCCUUUCGGACGUCUUCUCCGAGUUUACCAUCUCUGUCGUCUUUGUCCUCGCCCAGGUCUUUGACGCCGUCCGCAUCGUCAAGCCGCCGUCGUCGCGCAUUGUCUCGUCGGAGCGCUAUGCUGUCUGCACCGGCCGCAAGCCCGAGUCUGAUGAGCUGGCCUUUUGGGCCUCGCGCGCCACCGCGGUCUACCGCGCCGCUACUCCGUUUGUCCUUGCCACCGCGCUCGUCGACCCCAAGCUGUACAAGGGCGACGAGGCGUUCUGGUCGUCGCUCGGCAAGACCGUCGCCGACCACGCUGAGCGCCAGACCUCUGCCCUUAAGGCCAUCAUGGACGGCGUCGACGAGCUCCUUGACGAGAGCUCUGAUGCUGCCGCACGCUUUCAGCUCGCCAUCGAUGAGGCCAAGCUGCCCGACGCUGACGCUCCCACUACUCCGCCAGCACCGCUCGUCUGGACACCAAACAUGUUCUCGCGCAAGCGCCGUCGCAGCGUAGACGCCGGCUCCAACGACCGUCGCCGGUCACGCGGCGACCGCGGCCGUGACCGCCGUGACCGCGACCGCGACCGCGACCGCGACCGCC